AUGUCUUUUGACUCGAUUUUUAAAAAUAUUUGUCGAGAGAUAGAUAAUGUAGAUAGUGUAUUAGUAAAAAUUAAAAAUGCACAAAACGAAUUGGAUAGAUUUACAAUAGCCUACGAUACAUCCAAAAAUUUUAUUUCCAAUUUAGGAUUUCAUAACUGCGGCAAAAGUAGAACAAAGUCUGAGACUUUUAGAAAGGAAGGAAACCAAUUUUUUAAAAAAUGUUUAUAUUGGGAAGCAUUAGAAUAUUAUAAUAAGAGCAUAGCUUUCGCCCCUGUAAAUUCUGAAGAAUUAAGCACUGCAUACGGCAAUAGAGCAUCGUGUUUAAGCAGACUUGAAUUUUUUAAAGAAGCAGUACUUGAUUUGAACAAAGCUCUUAGUCUCUCUCUUUCUACAAAUUAUAAAAAUAAACUAUUGGUGAGAAAAGAACAAUAUAGUUUAAACGAAAAUGUUAAUAAUGAUAUUAAAAAUUUCCCAUUUGACUCCGGAGAGAUUCCUCCGUUAGAUCGAGAAAAAAGUUCAUUUUUCGACAGCACUUCUAAUGUGGUAGAACUUUCCGAAGACAUUUAUUCAAAUAGAAAACUUAUUGCUAAUGAUGAUAUUAAUGUCGGAGAAGUUUUAAUUGUGGAAAAACCAUAUUCCAGUAUUGUUAUACCCAAACAUUUUUAUACUCAUUGUUCUAAUUGUUUUAGGCGAAGCCUUAAUCUAAUUCCUUGCAGCAAUUGCUGUACGGGAAUGUUUUGCCGUGAAGAAUGUUUGGAUAUAGCAAAUCAUGUUAUAGAAUGCUCUUAUUUAGGUAUUUUAAGCGAAUUAAAUGCUGAUAGGAAGGAAAUGUUGGCCUUAAAAAUUUUAAUAGAUGCCUCUCGCCAAGGAACAGAAUUAGAAAAAUUGUGUACUACUACAAUUAAUCAUUUAAAUAAUGAGGAAAAUAAUUGUCAAUUUUACAAAUCACUGGAUUUUAAAAAUAUAUUAAAUUUAGUUACGAAUUCUGAAAAGAGAAAUGCAGCUGAUUUAUUUUACAGAUCAAUAGUAUCAGUAAUAUUAAUUUCAAUUCUUGAAAACAAUACAAAUUUUUUCAAUUAUAUUUCAGAAAAUAAUAAUGAUAAAAUAAAAAUAUUUUGUGGCGGAUUAAUACUACUUUUUAUGCAAAGUUUGCCCUGUAAUGCGCAUGAAAUAUCAGAAUAUUAUUGUUCAAAUUUAUUGGAAAUAGGAGCUGGUGCUUAUGCUACAUUAAGUUUAAUCAAUCAUUCAUGUGAUCCUAAUGUAGUGAGACAUUCUUGCAGAAAUACAGUAAUUCUAAGAGCUAUAAAACCAAUCAAGAAAGGAGAAGAACUGUUUGACAAUUAUGGCUACCAUUAUGCAACACAUGAACUUCAAGAAAGGCAGAAAGCUUUAUUAAAACAGUACUAUUUCACUUGUCAAUGCAAAGCUUGUAUUUAUGAUUGGCCAUUGUUUAAUAUACUUCGUGACCUUCUAGUAAAAUUUACUUCUUCAUUAAAUGUAGAAAAAUAUGAACAACUUACCAAAAUAUUUGAAAAAGAUUUCCAAGAGGCACUUAAAGGAAAUCAUAGUAAAGCUCUUAUAUUAAGAAGCAUGUCCUAUCUGCAAUGCAUAGAUGAAUUAGUACAACAACCUUCGAUAAAUUAUAAUAAAUGCCAAGAACUUAUUAAACAUUGCUUAAAUUUUUAUUCUAAUCAUUUUCAAAAUCUCAACGAAACAUAA